GCCAGAAGAAACGGCUCCUUCACCCAGACCCAGAAGGCCCCGAGGCCUCCCCGUGGCAAGCACCGGGCUUGCAGAGCAGGGUCCCCCAGGCCGGCGAGGAGUCAGAAACACACAGAAUUCACACCCCGGCGCCGGAGGAAAGCCGGGGCCGCCGUGGUGCCCGGGAGCACCCGGCCCGCCGUCCGCAGGCCGUGCAGGGGAUGGAGGGGCGCGAGGCCUGGGGACGGCUGCGCAGGCGCCUGGAUUCGGAGCGGACGCACGCCCGGCAGGCCGAGGCCAGGCUGCGCCAGCACCUGCAGAGGCUGGAGCGCGCCUGCCAGUCCCACCUGAGGCUGCUGAGCUGGGAGCAGAGGCAGCUGCGCGGGGAGCGGGAGCGGCUGCAGCGGAACAUCAGGAGCAAGGGCCCCUCCUCCUCCUCCUCCGGGGGCGGAUCCCAGCAGAGACCAGCAGAUGCCGCCCUGCGCCCGGCACGGGGAGGGAGACCCGGAGGAGCCCCACGGGCCUCGGGGCUCAGGUGA